AUGUUAGAGGUGAGGAAACUGAGGCUCAGAGAGCGACCAAGCUGCAGCUACGUACUGUGCACUGUGCUGCUGUCCCUGGCUGUGCUGCUGGCUGUGGCUGUCACCGGCGCCGUGCUCUUCCUGAACCAUGCCCGUGCACCAGGCACUGCGCCCCCACCUGUCGUCAGCACUGGGCCUGCCGGCGCCAACAGUGCCCUGGUCACCGUGGAGCGGGCCGACAGCUCACGCCUCAGCAUCCUCAUCGACCCGCGCUGCCCCGACCUUGCUGAUGGCUUCGCUCGCCUGGAGGGUGCCCAGGCCUCAGUGCUGCGGGCGCUGACCGAGCACCAGGCCCAGCCGCGGCCGGCGGGUGAGCGGGAGCAGGAGCUGCUGGACACGCUGGCUGAGCAGCUGCCCCGGCUGCUGGCCCGGGCCUCAGAGCUGCAGGCAGAGUGCGUGGGGCUGCGCAAGGGGCACAGUGCCCUGGGCCAGGGGCUCAGCACCCUGCAGAGCGAGCAGGGCCGCCUCAUCCAGCUUCUCUCCGAGAGCCAAGGCCACAUGGCUCACCUGGUGAACUCCGUCAGCGACGUCCUGGAUGCCCUGCAGAGGGACCGGGGGCUGGGCCGGCCCCGCGUCAAGGCUGAUCUUCAGAGGGCCCCCUCCAGGGGAUCCCGGCCCCGGGGCUGCCCCAGUGGCUCUCGGCCCCGAGACUGUCUGGACGUCCUCCUGAGCGGACAGCAGGACGACGGCGUUUACUCAGUCUUCCCCACCCACUACCCCGCAGGCUUCCAGGUCUACUGCGACAUGCGCACCGAUGGCGGUGGCUGGACGGUGUUUCAGCGCCGGGAGGACGGCUCGGUGAACUUCUUCCGGGGCUGGGACGCGUACCGGGACGGCUUCGGCAAGCUCACGGGGGAGCACUGGCUAGGGCUCAAAAGGAUCCACGCCCUGACCACGCAGGCUGCCUAUGAGCUGCACGUGGACCUGGAGGACUUCGACAACACCACGGCCUAUGCCCGCUACGGGAGCUUUGGCGUGGGCUUGUUCUCCGUGGACCCCGAGGAAGAUGGGUACCCGCUCACCGUGGCUGACUACUCGGGCACUGCGGGUGACUCCCUCCUGAAGCACAGUGGCAUGAGGUUCACCACCAAGGACCGUGACAGCGACCACUCAGAGAACAACUGCGCCGCCUUCUAUCGAGGCGCCUGGUGGUACCGCAACUGCCACACGUCCAACCUCAAUGGGCAAUACCUGCGCGGCGCACACGCCUCCUAUGCUGACGGCGUCGAGUGGUCCUCCUGGACCGGCUGGCAGUACUCGCUCAAGUUCUCUGAGAUGAAGAUCCGGCCGGUCCGGGAGGACCGCUAGGCCGGCGCCCUGUCCACCAGCUCACCUGCCAGCCCCCGGGUCCCCACAUUCCCCAGCCCAUCCCCAACCCCCUCCUGCGUGAAGAAGCGUUCUCCUCCCACCUGUGCGUGGCUGACUUGCUCUCUGGUAGGACUAGGCCAGGCCAGCCCCGACACUAAGCCCCUGGGCAGGUGACAUCACACAUCGCCUUCUCACUGUCCCCACCCCUGACUUGGCAGCUAACAUUAUCUCUGGCCUCUGCUGACGGGGGACUGGCACACUUGACGACCCCACAUUCCACCUGCCUCGACUCUGGCUCUUGCGCCAAGGGUCUGCCAUCUCCCGACCAGGAUGGUGGAGUCGCCACAUGGCCUGACUCUGGAUGGUGCCACCAGGCAGCCCCUCACCUUGCCAGCCCAGAUCCUGGCACUGGGGGGAUAUAGAGAGCAGGGGCAUACACCCUGGCUCCCUUUUAGCAAAUUAGAGGGGACCCUUUGCGUCUUUCUGAGGCCAGGUCAGUGUCCCUUCUCCUCUGGCCCACCCAACACCAUGCCCUCUGACCCCAUUUCCUUGGUGCCUGGAGAUCCUACCCCUCCCCAGAGAACCUCGGCGUGGCUGCUUGUGCUGUGGGCUGGGUGGCCAUGUCUGUGGGGACCACAUGCCAGGGCUGAGGCUAGUUCCCUGGAGGCCACCCACCCUGUGCCCCCGUGGGCCUGGGAGGUCUCCAGUCCCCUCCUCCACUGUACUGCCUGCUCCGUUUAUCUCAAAUGAGGUCCAGCCCAGCUCCCACCCAGCUUCCUGCCUUCCUCCUACCUGGGGCCGCCGGAGCCCCCACCCCAUUUCUGCUGCCUCUGGGAGAUGGGGCAGACCCUGCACCGUUGGUCUAGGCCAGGCCAAUGGGAACCUCUUGGUUUUCUGGGC